AGGGCUCCUUCCAGCGCGGGUCCACCUCUCCAUCAGUGGAGUAGCCCUGGAGGACUGCCCCGAGGGCCUGCCCCAGAGGAGGCUCUUCUCCUGAAUGCACCCUACCCCUUGCCCCCUCCUUGCUGGGGUGGUCCCGUAAGACAUCAGCUCGCUCCUGCAGCGCCCCCGCCACUGUCCUCCUGAAGCGUCUGCAGGCAGUGCAGGUGCCCAGGAGUGGCAGCUCUCUGCAUGCGUGGUGCUGUCAGAGUCCUUAGAGGGACUUGGGAAGCUGCUGCUUCAAACCAGGAAGGCUGAGGCUUUAAGGAGACAAAGGUCACUGACGCUUUAGGUCACUACUGGGAUUAUUUCUCAGCCUUGGGAAGACCCUGCUACCCCAAUUCUGGUGGAAUUCCUGGGGUCCUAGAGUUAGUCUUUCUUUUUUAGAUUGAUAUUUUGGUUCUCUUUAACUGUGUUCAUUUGAGUAGUAUGUCCCAAGGGUGUAGUGUGUAGCAGAUGAUGGAUAAACACUGGCAAGAAGACCUGUACCCAGUCCCUGCUCAUGUGGGGUUUACCAGCUAAUAAAAUGUAGGCAUCCUGGGAAGAGUCACAGUUUUAAUGGCCAUCAGUUACUUACAGCUCAGGCUAAAUGACUUGUGCUUGGUAAGAUGCUUUUCAAGGGUCUGGGUAAGGGCAAGGAAGCCCCGAGAGCUUGCAGAGCUCCAGGAGUUGGCUUAGGCUGAGGGCCUGGGUCCCUAGCAGUGACAGCACUAGGGACUGGGUCCUCAGGGUCUUCCUGGAGGGAGAAUCUCCUCUGUGUCCCUGGAAGGAGGUACUCUGGAGGAGCCAGAAGCCUGCAACCAUGGAGAAACGAUGAAGGACAAGUGGUCCCCGUAAUGGGAGGGGAGAGGGUUUUAAAAAACAUUUCAUUUCAUUUUUUGGCCAAAAAAUUAACAAUAUAUCUUUCAUUCUGUCAAUGACAAAAGUGUAUCUAGCCACCACUGUGUUGCAGAAACGGUGCUAGCUAUUGACACUUCAAUAGUGUGGGUGCUGGGGUGCGCCACAUACAACUUAGGUCCUUCUGGUUUUGAUGCUCGAGACAUAGAUGCUGUGGUUAGAAGAGAGAAAUUGAUGUUCCUGCGUGGAAGCUUCUCUCAGCAUUGAUCCGCCCUGAAGGGUGGCUCUGUCUGCCCUGCCUAGUGGGUACUGGGCCAGACCUGUGUUUCUUUUGGGUCUGAGAACUUGUCUGGGGUCCUGAAAGAACAGAGGAUGUUAUGUUUUAGCAGGGUCACUGGCUUUGGGAAAAGAAGCCGUAAAGCUGGUGUCGGUCCAGCCUGCCUAGCCCAACCUUCCCUGUGGGAGGUAGCUGGCUCCUGUCAGUCAGUCCCAAGAGAUUGAAGCACACUUGAAAUCUUGGGGGGAUUGUUCUGACCGCCUGGCAAGCUUUUGAGUCACCCCCUUUUGGUGCCUGCUGUUGCUUGAGGAGGGAAUUGGAACCCAAGCAAAGUGUUAUUAGGAAGGCAAACCUGCCGCUAAAAUCUUGCUGCGAUGAACAACAGGCUGGGGGUUCCGCAUUGCUUCGUUUCUCUCCCGUGCUCUGUCCUGAACAGUGGGUGAAAUCAUCUUGGGGCACUGCCUCCAUUCCUUUGCAUCAUCCUGGUUGGCAGUGUUUAUUUCAGGAAUCUGAGACACCAGGCAUUCAUUGGACGUGCGUAUGACUGGAAAGUCAAAUCUCACUGGCAAUGUAUGUUCUAGAGCGUAUCUGUGUUAGUUUGCAUGAGUAGGAAUUGGCUCUUUGGGAAUUCCUAAUUGCUUUGGGUGGGAUAAGCAUGGAGCAAGACCUUUAAAAGGUGAGGCUCAUUUCAUAAACGCACUGUGUAUUAGCUGUGUGGCACUGGGCAAGGUCACUUACCUGUCGGACGGCAGGUUCCUCCGUUACAAAAAGCAGUGCCUAUGAUUUGCAGGGUUCCUUGUGAGGACUGAGUGAAAUGCUGCGAGAGAAAGGAUCUUGUCCAGUAGUCUGGAGUGUUAAUUACAUGUGGGUAAUUAUGUGUGAGAUGCUGGCCGCCUUCCUUCUCCAGAGGAAAAAAACAAAGUCAGGUGAAAAUCUAGUAGCAGGGCUAUUAGGCUGGAAGAUGCAAAGGACUUUGGUAGUCUUGUGGAUCCACCAACAACUGUCCAUUUGAAACAUAUUUUUGGAUGUCCACUCUGUGGCAGGCUCUGGGGAUACAGCAGGAGGCAUGACCCUGUCCCAGGUCUUAAGGAGACUUUAAAAGACUGUCACAUCCAGAGAUGACUACAGUAUGGCUUUGGGAGCACAAAGGAGGGAGAGCUUCUCUGAAGAAAUGGCCUGUCUUCAGAGACCUGGCUGGAGAGGGGAGUUGGCCACACGCAGGUGGGAAGUUGGGUAGGGUCCUCCAGGCAAAGUGGAUAAGCAUGCUUAGAAGCUCAGAGUGAGGAGAGCAGUGCAUUCUGGGAACACGGGCAGGUUGUUCAUAGCGAAGUGCUGGGCGGGAAGGCUGAGGACGGUGCACCAUGUGCUCCAGGCUUGGGAACCAGGGCUGGUGCUGAAAGAUGCUCUAACGUAGUCAAGGCAGCUACCUGCGCAUGGGCAGAACAGAACAGACACUUCCGAGGUGAGAGAUCUCCCUUCUCCUCUUCCCUCUUUCCUUCUUCCCAACUUCUGAGGCUCCUUCCAGCAUAAACGUUUCCGUUAUUGAAGGAAGGAAUCCAAACACCAGCACUCCGUUGCUUUCAAACUAGAAUGUUUAAUGUCAGCCGUUUUCUGACGUGGAUCACCUUUGGAAAAUGAAAGGCCAGUGAACAAUUAGAAUUACAAAUUGUCUCAUUUUCCUUCGGUAUUUUCUUUGAAGACCAGUUGGGUGGAAACAGACCCAAUUAUUUCUUUAUCACAUAUAAAAUACCGCAAAAGCCUGAGCCAAGCCUUCCUUUAGGUUGGUGAAUUACAUGGAGGAGAGGGCAGCCUAUUUCUAACCUGCACUAUUAAUUAUAGGGCACUUGUAAAAAAGAAUUAAGCCUGGAAAUGCAGCUGGCAAGCUAACAUCUAAUUCAGUAAAUAAUUGAGAGUCAAACCAUUAUUUUCCUGAAAACUAGAAAUUGUUCAAAGUACUUUCCUGAUUAGCACCUAAAUAAUAAAGUAAUUAUGUAAUUAGUAAGUAAUGUGUCACUUCAGGAUGUAAAUUUAAUUUAUUAUCUUUUCUUUUAAGCUUGGCACCGGAGGUUAUAGAGGCAGUGUCUGUGUUCACCGUAUUUCAAGGGGCAGGCCAAGCAGGAAGGGUCUGUGUUGGAGAUGAGCACACACUCUUGGUGGGAAGAGGCUCGCAAGUUGGGAUCCCAGGAGCCCUAUACAAGGACUUCGAAUGCCUUUUUGCCAUUAUUUUUAGUAUAUUCUUAUGAGAAUUGAUGAGAAUUGAUUUUUUCAAGGAGGCGCGAGGUGUGUGUUUUUGCGUGUGAUGAUUCGUGCUCCCGUGUUCUUUCAGUGGUCACCCUCCACGUGCCGCGGCCCUGCCCAGACUGAACUGCAGGCUUUGGGGAUGGGGGAUGAAAGUGGUCUCACCAUGGUCUUGCUCUUAGGCAGUGUUUUGUGUUUGUGCUGGCGUUGGCGUUGGUCUGUAGGCGUGUGUAUGUGUGAGCACUACUCAUUUGUUUGUUUCAUUCUGUCGUUCAUUUGACAAAUGUUUGCUGAGCCCUUGGCUACUACAUCCAGGAACUAUGCUAAAAGCUGGGUAUGUGGUGACCUACGCAAAAGGGGGCUGCUCUUAAGGAGCCACCGUCUUAAUAAAGGGGACAGCCCCUCCCACCUUUACAGAAACACCCCCCCAGUACAUCGAGGCCAAGGAGGGUGGUAGUAUCACCAUGACCUGCACAGCUUUUGGGAACCCCAAGCCCAUCGUCACCUGGCUCAAGGAGGGAACGCUCCUCGGUGCUAGUGGGAAAUACCAGGUGAGUGACGGCAGCCUGACAGUGACAUCGGUCAGUCGGGAGGACAGAGGUGCUUACACCUGUCGAGCGUACAGCAUUCAAGGGGAGGCUAUCCACACGACCCACCUGCUUGUCCAAGGGCCCCCUUUCAUCGUCUCCCCUCCUGAGAACAUCACCGUCAACAUCUCCCAGGAUGCUCUGCUCACCUGCCGGGCUGAGGCGUAUCCGGGCAACCUCACCUACACCUGGUACUGGCAGGACGAGAACGUCUACUUUCAGAACGACCUGAAGCUGAGGGUGCGCAUCCUAAUCGACGGGACCCUUAUCAUCUUCCGGGUGAAGCCGGAGGACUCGGGGAAGUACACCUGUGUGCCCAGCAACAGCCUGGGGCGCUCCCCCUCUGCCUCAGCGUACCUGACGGUGCAGUACCCAGCCCGUGUCCUCAACAUGCCCCCUGUAAUUUACGUGCCCGUGGGGAUCCAUGGCUACAUCCGCUGCCCCGUGGACGCAGAACCACCGGCCACCGUGGUCAAGUGGAACAAGGACGGCCGCCCCCUGCAGGUCGAGAAGAAGCUGGGUUGGACCCUGAUGGAGGAUGGCUCCAUUCGAAUUGAGGAGGCCACAGAGGAGGCUCUUGGCACUUAUACCUGUGUGCCUUACAACACCCUGGGGACCAUGGGCCAGUCUGCCCCUGCGAGGCUUGUCCUGAAGGACCCCCCAUAUUUCACGGUGCUACCAGGCUGGGAGUACAGGCAGGAGGCCGGCCGGGAGCUGCUCAUCCCCUGCGCAGCCUCGGGGGACCCUUUUCCUAUCAUCACGUGGAGAAAGGUAGGGAAGCCCAGCAGAAGCAAGCACAGUGCCCUGCCCAGUGGGAGCCUGCAGUUCCGCGCCCUGAGUAAGGAGGACCACGGGGAGUGGGAAUGUGUCGCCACCAACGUGGUCACGAGCAUCACUGCCAGCACCCACCUCACUGUCAUCGGCACCAGCCCCCAUGCCCCAGGCAGUGUCCGGGUCCAGGUCUCCAUGACAACUGCCAACGUGUCCUGGGAACCAGGCUAUGAUGGAGGCUACGAGCAGACAUUCUCAGUUUGGUACGGACCUCUGAUGAAGCGGGCACAGUUUGGGCCCCAUGACUGGCUGUCCUUACCAGUGCCGCCAGGACCCAGCUGGCUGCUAGUGGACACUCUGGAGCCUGAGACAGCGUACCAGUUCAGUGUCCUGGCCCAGAACAAGCUGGGAACCAGCGCCUUCAGUGAGGUGGUCACUGUGAGCACUUUAGCAUUCCCUAUUACAACUCCAGAACCCCUGGUGCUGGUCACCCCACCGAGGUGCCUCAUAGCCAAUCGGACUCAGCAGGGUGUGCUCCUGUCCUGGCUUCCGCCUGCCAACCACAGUUUUCCCAUUGACCGCUACGUCAUGGAGUUCCGCGUUGGGGAGCACUGGGAGAUGCUGGAUGACGCCAUCCCGGGCACUGAUGGAGAGUUCUUUGCCAAGGAUCUGUCACAGGACACAUGGUACGAGUUCCGGGUUCUGGCCGUCAUGCAGGAUUUGAUCAGCGAGCCCAGCAACAUCGCCGGCGUCUCCAGCACAGACAUCUUCCCGCAGCCGGACCUGACCGAGGAGGGGCUGGCGCGGCCUGUGCUGGCGGGAAUCGUAGCUACCAUCUGCUUCUUGGCAGCUGCCAUCCUGUUCAGCACCCUGGCCGCCUGCUUUGUCAACAAGCAGCGCAAGCGUAAGCUCAAGCGCAAGAAAGACCCUCCGCUCUCCAUCACCCACUGCAGGAAGAGCCUGGAGUCUCCCUUGUCCUCUGGCAAGGUGAGCCCCGAGAGCAUCCGCACGCUCCGGGCGCCGUCAGAGUCCUCGGAUGACCAGGGCCAGCCCGCAGCCAAGAGGAUGCUGAGCCCCACCCGCGAGAAGGAGCUGUCGCUGUACAAGAAGACCAAGCGGGCCAUUAGCAGCAAGAAAUACAGUGUGGCCAAAGCAGAGGCUGAGGCGGAGGCGACCACACCCAUUGAGCUCAUCAGCCGGGGCCCUGAUGGCCGCUUCGUGAUGGACCCUGCCGAGAUGGAGCCCUCGCUGAAGACCAGGCGCAUCGAGGGCUUCCCUUUUGCCGAGGAGACAGACAUGUACCCCGAGUUCCGCCAGUCGGACGAGGAGAACGAGGACCCCCUGGUGCCCACGUCUGUGGCCGCCCUGAAGUCCCAGCUCACACCUCUGUCAUCCAGCCAGGAGUCUUACCUGCCACCACCAGCAUACAGCCCUCGGUUCCAGCCCCGCGGGCUGGAGGGUCCCGGUGGCCUGGAAGGUCGGCUCCAGGCCACAGGCCAGGCCCGGCCCCCUGCCCCACGGCCCUUCCACCAUGGCCAGUAUUAUGGGUACCUCAGCAGCAGCAGCCCUGGGGAGGUGGAGCCACCCCCAUUCUACGUGCCAGAAGUGGGCAGCCCCCUCAGCUCCGCCAUGUCGUCCCCACCCCUGCAAACCGAGGGGCCCUUUGGCCACCCCACCAUCCCCGAGGAGAAUGGAGAGAACGCAUCUAACAGCACGCUGCCCUUGACUCAGACGCCUACAGGAGGGCGCUCCCCUGAGCCCUGGGGCCGGCCAGAAUUCCCCUUUGGGGGACUGGAGACCCCAGCAAUGAUGUUCCCCCACCAGCUGCCGCCCUGUGAUGUGCCCGAGAGUCUGCAGCCCAAGGCCGGCCUCACCCGAGGACUGCCCCCCACCUCCUUGCAGGUGCCCGCGGCCUACCCGGGCAUCCUGUCUCUGGAGGCACCGAAGGCUUGGGCAGGCAAGUCGCCUGGCAGGGGCCCUGUCCCAGCGCCCCCCGCUGCCAAGUGGCAGGACAGACCUAUGCAACCUCUGGUAAGCCAAGGGCAGCUGCGACAUACAAGCCAAGGCAUGGGCAUACCCGUGCUGCCUUACCCCGAGCCGGCUGAGCCGGGGGCGCACGGCGGCCCCAGCACAUUUGGCCUGGACACCCGGUGGUAUGAGCCCCAGCCCCGGCCCCGGCCCAGCCCCCGGCAGGCCAGGCGCGCCGAGCCCAGUUUACAUCAAGUGGUGCUACAGCCUUCCAGGCUCUCACCUCUGACCCAAAGCCCCCUCAGCUCCCGCACCGGCUCCCCUGAGCUCGCCGCCCGCGCCCGGCCUCGCCCAGGCCUCCUGCAGCAGGCAGAGAUGUCAGAGAUCACCCUGCAGCCGCCGGCUGCAGUCAGCUUCUCUCGCAAGUCCACGCCGUCCACGGGCUCCCCCUCCCAGAGCAGCCGCAGCGGGAGUCCCAGCUACCGUCCCGCCAUGGGCUUCACCACACUGGCCACAGGCUACCCUUCCCCUCCACCCGGCCCCGCCCCUGCGGGGCCUGGGGACAGCUUGGACGUGUUUGGACAGACGCCUUCCCCUCGAAGGAUGGGGGAGGAAUUGCUCCGACCAGAGCCCCCACCUCCCACGUUACCUACUUCAGGAACACUUCCACCUGCACCCGGGAACGCUGCUGCACCUGAGAGGCUGGAGGCUCUGAAAUACCAACGGAUAAAGAAGCCCAAAAAGUCAUCCAAGGGCUCUUCGAAGUCAAAGAAACGAUCCGAUGGUUCUGCCUCCCAGGCUCAGCAGCUUCCCAGCUCUCAGGUUCUGUGGCCCGACGAAGCUGUCUGCCUCCGAAAGAAGAAGAGACACUCUCGUCCUGACCCCUUUGCCCGGCUCUCAGACUUGUGCCACCGCCAGCUUCCGGAAGACCAGACAGCGAUUCUCAACAGUGUGGACCACGAUGACCCAGGCCAUGCCACUCUGCUGUGACUCCACCUCACUCUAGGUGUCCCCUGGGCAAGGUUGCUGGGCUCAGGCAGGGAGGGCCACCGUGUGGGGGCGUGUCCUUCUCCGCCUGCCAAGGGCGGCCCAGACCUUUGUCCUGCGUGCCCGCUCUUUUGCUAGAGUGGGUGUCUCCCUCCAGAUCCUGGCCACCUGUCUUCAGGACGGAGGGCAGGAGACCUCCUGUGGGUUGAGGUCAGGAAGUGGAUUGGAGACUGGGUGACACCUGUCUCCUCCCCUCUGCCCCCUGCUUUGCUUUGCUAGAUUGAUUUUUCUCAUCUCUUCCACUGUCUUUGGAAGUGAAGAGGAAAGCAAUGGCUUUUACUGCUCUGCUUCUGUUUAGUUUUUCAAGUCCUGGAAGAGGGCUGGACUUAACGUCCAUCUUCCACACCCCACAUAUAUAUAGAUAUAGAUACAGAUGCAUAUGUCUGUAGUGUGUGGGUUUCUCUAUGUGUAUAUAUAUGUACAUUGAGGCAAGUGCUGUUGCUCUCUGCAGUCAGUGGAGGCAGGAGGAGGAGGGCAGUGGCCAGCGGGGGUUUGUGAGCAGGGCUGGCUGUGCGUUGGCCAGGUGCCUGAUAUCUGUCUUGGGGGAUUCUUUCCCCGAAACAGGAUCCAUGCCUCUCAGCUGAAUUCUCUGUUUGUCUCCUACCUUCUCCCACCCAGAACAGAAAUGGGGCCUUGCUGUGAUUACUGGCUGCCUUCUGUGGGGGUUCAGCAAUGAGUUACUGCAGAACUAAACUCAAGCCUUUAUUUUCUGGUUCCUGGGUGCAGAAGGGGUGGCCAGGCAGCCAGACCUUCAUCUUUCUUCCAGCGCGGCUCAUGCUGCAGAAGCAGGGGCUACUCAGCCGUGGGGCUAAAACAAGCCCCUGGUGCACAAUCCAGCUCAUCCAGCGGCACCCUUCCACCCAGCCAGGCUGCGAGCUCUGUGGCCAAAGUCUCCCCCACUGCGGAGCCACCUGUGCUGGCUCCAAGCUGCCGGCUCUAUUUAUACCGUCUCCGGCUCAGCACUCUCUGCAGCGCUGUUCCACAGUGGCUGAUUGGAUCCUCCUUUCCUUUUGUGGGAGCUAAUUCUCCAGAUUGAUUAAUUACCACUUGUGCGGAGCCGCCUGUGGCUUUCCCAUACUCACCACGUGCUGCCUGCCGACUCUUCUCUGCCCUGGGGCCUUCCUCUGCCCUUGGACCCGAGCUCCUGGAGGAUGGGCCCAGGUGAAGCUGGGGCACCUUCAGCUGCUGGGGCAUGGGACACUCUGGAUCCCGCCCUCUUUGCCCAGUUCUAUUCUGUGGCUGAGGUGUAGGAAUGAAGGUGGGAGGGAUGAUGAGUAGGGUCUGGGCACUGACUCUUCCUCUGCCAAAGUCUUGUCCUGGUUCAAACUCUUAGCAUCCAGAAGCCUUGUGAGUCAUCUUCCCACUAAGAUGUCUCUCUGCCCAUAAGAUAUGGUGCUGCCCAAGGACAGGGCAGAAGGCCCCGAGGGCGAGGCAGAGGGCAGGCCUGCCCCUACCCCACUCUUGUGUAGGAUCCCCCUUCUGGUGUGGCCUAGAACGAAGGUUCCUUGAAGUAUUUCCUUCUCGGUGCUGCUGUCUUGGUGGGUUUGGAGGCACCCACCUCUCCCGAGUUCCCUGCUUGGACAUGAGCCACGCAGCACUAGAUGGCUUCUGCUGGUGUUAUGCAGCGGCCACGGGCUUGGCCCGGUGACCUUGUAGGAUGGGGCCUUGGAUGGCUGCUGUCUCUUCUUGGCAUUUCCAUCUUAGGGGAUGGAUUUCUUCUCUGUCACACAGGCCCUGGUCCUUCUUUUCACCCAGGGAGCUGAGGACCAGCCCACCCUUGAGGUUUACCGUGUAAGUCAUGUCACCGAGGUUCCUUUCUGAACACAUCUGAAGGGGUCGUGGUGAGAGAGGCACAGAGGGGCUUCUGAGACUGGGCCAUGCACCCUUGGGGUGGAACCUGGGCCUUUAGGCUGAUGUGCAUCUCUGGAGCAUUGGAAUCCACUUGAUCACUGAGCAGCCGCCCUGCAAGAGGGAGGAUCGUGCAACUCUUUGUGUUCUUUUUCAAGGCAGCAAACCCUCUGCCUCCAUGCCGUGCUGUGCGGCUCACUCGGCGUCUCUCCUGGGGGAUGAUGGGACCCAGCUUACCUGAGAUGUUGGGGUAGGAGGUGCGGGCCUCCUGUGGGCUGGCGUGCGGUCUCUGUGCACUGGCAGCGUGGGACUUCUCUGUUGCAGAGCUCAGGAGGGUCAGCCAGACCCUGGGAUGGACUGGGAUAUGGGCGUCAGGUGGUCAGCCUUCAGGAUGCAUUGCCAACUUUUCUGAGCACCAUCUGGGAAUUCCAGCCCUCAGGUUAGAAAAGAAGAGGAGAUGAUGAGGUAGAAGGCUUUGCUUCUUUCAGACGAGAUGAGGAGCUAAGACGCUCAGGCUGUGGCUGUGCCUUUCAGGGCACCCCCCGUGCUAACCAAGGUGCUGACUCCUGCUUUCCUCUGACAGUGCCCGUGACCUCAGCACGUAGACCCAACAUGGGGAGCUGUGCUUUUGCUGGUCACUGAGUGGCCGCUAUGCUGUGGCUUCCCUGGGCUAAGGCAAGGACGUGAGGUCUACCCAUCUCUCAGUGGCCUGGAGCUCAUUCUGCUCCCAUGAGGGCUUCCUCCUGUGACAGUGUCCUCAGAGGCCAGGAGACCUCCUGCACCCCAUGGACUUGUAGUGGAAAUUGAUGGAACACAGUCCCCUCUCUCCAUGGGAUAGAGGGUAUAGAUGCCACAGGCACAGCUUAGGUGCUGGGUGUGGGUGUAUGUGACAGAGUGGUUGUGAACGUGUGCGUGAUGGGGGUAUAGCCACCUUGAGGGACCAGUGUCCUCCAUAGUCUGCCUUUGAGCAAUGGCAGUGACCACUAAUCAGCUUCUUAGGACUUCUGUGCUCAUUCUGUGAGAGAUUACGAGUUCCAAACUUCCCCUUUUAUGGUCUGGUGGCCUUGGAGUAGAAGUGACUCCGAUGAAAACCUGCUCCUGCAUCUCAGAUGUCUGUUUGCCUUUUCCUUCUGCAUUGUGGCCGGGAACUGUGGCUAUUGUAGUGUCAGGUGACCCACAGACCAGGAAGAGGGUGAAACGGUUCUUCGGGGUGCCUGUGCUUGUGUGGGGAGAUAAGACAUAUGACGAGGUGGGGAGGUGAAGUCUGUCUCGAUUUCCUGGCGGGCUGCCGAUGGGCUCCCUGGUGCCGAGUGGGGUCCUGUGCUGGAUUGUUGAGGUGGCCCGGGGUCCAGCAUCCGGGAGUGGCCCUGACUGCUGCCAGCCUGGCUCUAAGCAGCUUCCCUCAAAAGACGGGGUAGGACAGGCCUUUUGAGAUCCUACUUUCUAACAGGAAGGAUGCCUUUUUCCCAGGGGGCUGACAGGGUCUGUGCCCUCCUUUCAGGUGGCCUAGUCCCACAACCAUGCGCUUGGGGGAAGACUGAAGCCAGGUGGAUUGAGAGUGGAGUACUUCUUGAUAUUUUUCCCUGUUCUCUAUCUUUAUUUUUGAUUUGUGGUCUAAAAUAUUUGGGGUUGAGCAGAUUUAAUUUGUUUAUUCCUCUGCCCUUUUCAUGCCGAGGAAACUAGGUUAAGGUUCCAAUGUGAACUUUUCUGACUUUAUUUGGGGUGGGGGACAAGGUUGACAAAAUAGUAGCUUCUGGGGACAAGCAGACUUCACGGAGCCUGCAGCAUCUUUGGCACUGGCCACGAUCUGAAUCUCCAGGGCUGAAGACUGCGUGGCUGGAAUCUGUUUCUUCCCGUUUUGUUAGCAAAAGCCUUUUCCAGGCUUGGGGGUGGGGUGGGGGAAGAGUUGUACAUAAAGUACAUUUUAUUAAUAUGUAGAGAAACCUAGGAAAAGAAAAGCUAAUGGUUAAUCUUGGGCUUGCUUUGCUUGCAUGUAAAGGAACUUUGGGGGCACUGCAGGGAUGGUUGGGGGGCUACAGGAAGGGUCAGAGGAUGGAGCUGAGCAGGUCGUGGGGGGCCCUGUGAGUCCAGCCUCUGCAGCACUUUGUAGGAGCUGUGCAUAUUCCCACCAGGGCUUCUGACCCAGCCCUGCCCGGGUAUCUUCUUCAGAUAAAGUGAAACAGGCUCUGAUAGGUGGUAUGUAGAGCCCCACGUGGCUGUGUGUGCUGCUCUGGGGAGAGGGCUACAGGGGUGUCUUACUGGCCAGCUCUAGAUUGACUAGGUUAAUGGAUGGGACAGGGGUGUUUCAGGAGGAGGAGGUGGAGAACUGGAUGGUGGAGGGGAAGCCUGUGUGCUUUGACAGGUGUUGUGGAGACUGGAAGGAGCACAGAGGGUGAGGUCAGGCAUGGGUUAGGAUGGCGAGACCACCCCAGGGGACGUCAAGUCUCAGCAUCUCUUGGAGGCAUGUGAUGACUUAGUUACUUGUAAGGGUGCAGGGUAUACGCUGGGGUAUCAUCCCAAGAUGACCAAGAAUGAUUCCCUGGUGGGCUUCUGGCUGGGGAGUGGGGGCCAUGCAGGGUGUGUGGGAAGGGGACUGAGGCAUCGGGGACAGAUUGUGGGGUGGGGUCCUGCAUGUGGACCCAGACUGGAUGUUGGGAGAGGUCUUGCUUCUUAGCUAGACCUUUCUUGCUUCUUCUAGAAUUAGUCUCUAACACUAAGUGCCCAAACCAAACAUGAACAUCUUUACAUUGUAUUUCAACUUUAUUUGUUUUUGGGGGCUCCUGAGGCCCAAAGCUGAGAGACUUGUCUUGAGAUGCCCAUCCGAUCUCCAGCUCUUCAUCAGUGGAGAAGGAAGCUCCAUUCUCGCAAGCUUCAUGUGUUUGUUUUCAUAAGCUGCAGUGGCGGGUUGCCUCUCUGCCCACAAGCUGAAAUGUUUGUGGGCCUUGGUGAUGGUGAUGGUGAUGGAGAGGAGGAACUGGAGCCUGACGUGCCUUCAUCACCCUUUCCUCUUGAGGUAUAGAGGCCUCCUUCAGGCCAUGAGGCCGCACAGUGGCUUCAUGAGGCCUUCUCUUUACUUUCUCUUCUUUUGAUAGGGUAAAGUCACUAGUCUGGGGUUGAAGUGGGAGGGCAAAAGAGUUUCACCUGAAACUCUUGGCUUGACCAGCCAUUCUUCUCUCUUUAAUGUCUCCAGCUCUGCUUCUUUUUAGAUUAAGAGGCAGAAUUAAAAAUCUCUUCUUUAGAAGAAGUCAGUAAACCAAGGAUCAAAGCCCAGAUUGGACUUUCUCACUCUUACCAGCUUGCUCUUUGGCUAGGGGUACCCACCACCACCCUUCCCUCCUACCGCGAGUGAAUCUGCACUGGUCCAAGCCUUACUUCUGAGUCCCUGUCUGUACUCUCAAAACCUUUUAGUGGCAAGCAUAAUAACCCCACCAGAUGUUCUGUGUGCUGGGUUGCCAAGAAGGUGGAAGAUUUUUCCAACCUCAUUUUAAAAACACUCAGAUUGAAUCUGGUCCAAUGACAUCACCAUUCCUUGAGGGUUCCCGUGUAGGAUGAUGACAAA